AUGGCGAAAGGGGUCUCUCUUGAUGCAAGGUUCAGUAAAGCGUGGUACCAAGAAAUCAUCCAAAUCAAAUUCAAGGGACACUCUGUUGACGGUUAUAGAUCGUUGGAAGUCUCUUUCAACCAUGCGUCUCGGACCACCACCGUUACGGCUACCGCCAAGUCGGGCCCAAACAAGUUGGCUCCGGCUGUGGCGCUGCCCCUGUCCGCCGCUGUAGAAUUACUGCCUCCAGUGCGAGAAGUUGCCAUUUCAGAACGAUCGAGUGUGUUACUUCGAAAAAUUCAGCUCUGUUGCUUUGUAUAUGACUAUUCGGACAGUUCGAAGUCGGUUCGUGAAAAGGAAAUAAAACGCCAAACCCUUGAUGAGCUACUGGAUAUUAUACAAUAUGGAUCAUUCAAAUUCGACGAACUUAUGCAAGAACAGCUUAUUGAGAUGGUUUCGGUUAAUAUUUUCCGCUGUUUGCCACCAGCAUCCCAUGAAAUUACUGGGACCGAAGCUUUUAAUCCUGAAGAGGACGAAAGAUAUCUAAAUUUAUCGUGGCCCCAUUUGCAGCUUGUGUAUGAAAUUCUACUGAGGUACAUUGUGUCAUUUGAGAUUGAUACAAAGACUGCCAAGCGCUACAUUGAUCAUACAUUUGUUUUAAAAUUGCUGGAUCUGUUCGAUUCGGAGGACCCACGAGAGCGUGAGUAUUUGAAAGCCAUUCUUCACCGAAUAUAUGGGAAGUUCAUGGUGCACAGGCCUUUCAUAAGGAAAGUAAUAAAUAAUAUACUUUGUAGGUUUAUAUUUGAAACAGAGAGGUAUAAUGGUAUAAACGAGCUUUUGGAGUUUCUGGGUAGUGUCAUAAACGGAUUUUCAUUGCCAAUGAAAGAAGAUAAUAGAUUGUUUCUAUUCCGAGCGCUAAUACCACUUCACAAGCCAAAAUGUUACGCCACAUAUCAUCAACAACUGUCUUAUUGCAUCACUCAGUUUGUUGAGAAGGACUACAGAUUGGCAGAACAUGUGAUCAGAGGGUUACUGAAGUACUGGCCAGUCACAAAUUGCCAGAAGGAGGUCCUUUUCCUUGCAGAACUAGAAGAGAUUCUGGAGGCAACUCAGUCUGCAGAAUUUGAACGGUGCAUGGUCCUUCUUUUCAGGCAGAUUGGUCGCUGCCUUAACAGCCCUCACUUCCAGGUUGCUGAAAAAACGCUGGGCCUGUGGAACAAUGAGCACAUAGUAAGCUUAAUAGCUGAGAAUAGAGAUGUAAUAUUUCCAAUAAUCUUGGAGGCAGUGGAGAAGAACAUGAAAGGGCAUUGGAACCAAGCAGUUCUUGAGCUCACAGGCAACGUGCGUGGCAUGUUACUGGAAAUGGAUUCUAAGCUCUAUGAAGACUGCCAGAGCCUGUACUUAGAGAAGGAAUCAAUGGCUGCAGACUUGGAAACUCAGCGUGAGUUGACAUGGAAGAAGUUGGAAGCAGUGGCUGCACAAUCUGAGAGUGUGAGUGAUCAUAUUCAUAUGGUUUUGGUUAAUUAGGCUUGAAAUUCUUUCCACCAUUUGGUUGUCUUGAGCUGGAAUUUCUUGUUUUCGUUUAUUUUGCUUUCUUCUUUCUAUCUACAUAAGCAGGAAAAGAAGGAAUUGAAACGAAUUGUUUCUUAACCGACACUUGUAAAUAGCAAAACCUGCUUUUCUCU